AUGUGUAUUCGAUCAAUUAANUCUUAUACACCUAGAGAAAUAAUUUAUUAAUAAAAUUAAAUAGAUGACUGCAAUAUCUUUAUAGUAUGGAAAGGAUAAGUUAAUUUAAUUGAUGAUAACUCAGGAAAAGUACUUAAAACAUUUAAUACUGGAUAAUGUUUUGGAGAAUUAGAAUUUCUGACUAAUCAAAAAAGACUAAGCACAGCUAUUAGCUGUGAUUUCAGUCAAAUUUAUUACAUAUCGAGGAAUUAAUUUCUUAAAAUACUCAACUCUUAUAAUAAUGAUUUUUAGUAAUUUCAUCAGUUGAAAGAUUAAAUUUUAUUUUAAUAUAAUUCAUCAGCUAUUUAAUGCUAUUGUUGUUAAGAGUCCCAUCCUAUUUGGAAAUGUCCUUAUAUUCAUUAUAAGCCUGAUUUAGAAAGAGUAAUAAAAAAGAGUUUCUAUUUGGAUUCAUUGUAAGAACGUUCCUAAUUCAAAAGAAAAGGAACUCGUUUAAAUGUUUAUUAUUAAGAAAGCAUACUUUAAAGUUCAAAGCACAUUAAAACAUCAAAUGAUUUGGAUAACAAUACUGCAGGAGAUAUACAAUAGAUAGGAUCAAUAAAUGAAUCAAAUGAAUCAUCUGAAGAAAGUAUGAAAAAUGAAAAAAAGAGUGAUCAAAUUCUAACAUUGUCUUAUGCAUUACCAAGCGAAAGUAGAAGAAAAAGCUAAAGAACUAAAUUUGCACCUGUAUCUCCUCUUAAAACAGAAUCACCUUUGCCUAAACCAAUAGAUAUGCUUCGAUACGGUUAGAGAACAAGAAAAAGUCUUUUCUUGUCUGAUUAAAGUGUGAUUAGUGCUUUAUAAACUAAACGAAAUGAAUUUUUAAAAAAAACAACAUCAUUAGGUUAAUAAUAGAAUUUUAUGAAGCAAAUAUCUACCUAUGAAAAUGAAAAUCAUCCUGAACCGUUAAGUAUGAUUGAAGGAUUAGAUAAAAUGAUAAUUUACUCUCAUUAUUUUCCUGACAAUAAUUUUGACAAGAUUAUUGAAUCUUUAUUUAAAUACCUAAAAAAAUUUAAAUUAACAAGAACUUACAUGAUCGCAAACAAAUAUUCUUUUGUUAGGUUAUAAAAAUAAGAAAAAUCCUAAGUGAAAAAACCUAUCCAGUUUAAAUAACAAAAUUUUAAUAGAUGA